AUGCUGUAUAUCCAGGACGACGUCUACAAAGAAUAUGUAAACAUGAUGAUGAACAUAGUCAUUCUAUCGAUGAUUCUCUGCAUAUCAUUGUCUUUCUGGAUAAUAUCUAUAACUGCAAGUACCUAUUAUGGUACACUACGUCCAAUAUCGCCAUGGCGUUGGCUGUUUUCUGUGAUUGCUCCAAUUAUUAUUGUGUCACGUGGACUAAAAAAGAAGAGCUUAGAUAGUAGUGGAGCUCUUGGAGGACUGUUGGUCGGAUUUCUCCUUACUAUCGCAAACUUCAGCUUUUUCUCAGCUCUUCUUACUUUUUUUUUUACUUCCUCUAAACUUACCAAAUGGAGAGGAGAAAUGAAGAAGCGAUAUGAUUCUGAAUAUAAGGAAGGUAAAGGCUGA